AUGGCCUUAUCGAAACCAAUUAUGAAUUUACUGAGUUCUUAUUUACAAAAUUUAUAUUUGCAUCCUAUUAAAACUAAAGCUAUUACAAGUUGCGUGGUAGGUUCAGUUGGCAGCUUAGCAUCCCAACUGGUAGCUGGUGAAAAAAUCAAGGUUGACACAAUUUCUGCUUUCGCCUUAUAUGGUUUAUUCUUCGGCGGCACCAUACCACAUUAUUUAUAUGAAAUCACAGAAAGACUGUUCCCUGAAGAAGUGGUUGCAUUCCCUCUUGUGAAGAAACUGUUAUUUGAAAGAUUACUAUUUGCUCCAUUCAUCCAAGCCUUCUCUCUAUACACACUAGCAAGACUAGAGGGCAAAACACAUAACUCUGCAACAAAACAGUUGUUUGCUCUAUACUGGCCUAUUUUAGAAGCAAAUUGGAAAUGGCUAACACUGUUCCAAGUUAUCAACUUUGCUUUUAUCCCACCAAUGCUACGAGUCCUGUUCAUGAAUCUUGUUGGACUUGGCUGGGCAAUGUUCCUGGCCACCAAGAGACGCCAACAACAACAGAAGAAGGAAUGA